GCACUCCUGACGUCAUAGAUGAGCGCCAUGCUUGAAGAGAGUGCGGGAAGCUGCAACUGCAGCUGAAUUCUGUGACAGCCAUGGAACUAAUGCAGGAAGAGCGGGAACUGAGUCGCUGGGCUGCCGAAGAGAUGGAGUUGCCCCCAGCGGCUCGUCCCCGGGAAUCGACGCUGCGCAGGCUGUGUCUGGGUCAGGGUGCUGACAUCUGGGCCUACAUCAUACAGCAUGUUCGUAGUCAGAGGAGUAUCAAGACAAUCCAGGGAAAUCUCCUCUGGUAUGGCCAUCAGGACAAUCCAAAGAUAUGUCGGAAGUUGGAGCUGGAAGCCACUGUGGCCCGCCUUCAGGCAGAGAACCAAGAGCUAGACCAGAGCCUGGAACGGAUGGAUCAGGAGACUGAAGUGCAGGACAUAGCCAUGACACAGACACUGCAGAGCCUGAAAGACACCCAGUAUCGAGCUCUUCUCCUCCAGGCCCAAGCUGGGGCUGUACAAAGACAGCAGCGUGGGUUGCAUGACCCCAUGCAACGGCUGCAGAAUCAGCUCAAGGGUCUGCAGGACAUGCAAAGGAAAGCCAAAGUGGAUGUGUCCUUUGGACCUGUGGUGUCAGCAGCCCCAGCCCUAGAGCCUAAGGUGUUGGGUGAUGUCCGGGCAGCCUGCUCCCUCCGAACUCAAUUCCUGAAGAACCUUCUGACUCCCCAGGCCAGGGGAGGCAGCAUCCUAAGCGCUUGUGAUGAGCACAAUGGAGCAUCCUAUCAGCAGUGGCUGACUUCAGUUGAGACACUGCUGACAAACCACCCUGCAGGCCACAUCCUGGCUGCCUUGGAGUACCUGGCAGCAGAACGGGAGUCAGAGAUCCGAUCCCUGUGUUAUGAGGAUGGGCUCAAAGAAGAGGAGCUGUCCAGGCCCCAGGCAUUGGACUCUUCAAACUCUAGCCAGGCCCUGCCAUCCACUGUCCAUCUCAUCCAGGAGGGCUGGCAAGCUGUAGGUGCAUUAGUUACCCAGAGGAGUGAGCUCCUGAAUGAGAGACAAGUCCUGACUGGCCGCCUGCAGAGCCUAAUGGAGGAGGUGGAGAGACUUUCGCUUGGAUCCAGUGAGAGGAAAGUCCUGCUGCUGGAGCUUAGGCGCAGUGGCCUGUGGGCACAGCUCAAGGCUCUUCAUGCCCAGAGUCAGGAACUGGAGAGUGCAGUUGAGCACCGGCAACUUCUGCUUCGGGAGCUGCAGGCCAAGAGGCAGCGGAUUCUACAGUGGCGUGAGCUGGUGGAGGAGAGACAGGAACAGAUCCGUCUGCUCAUCAAGGGAAACUCAGCCAGCAAGACUCGCCUGAGCCGGGGUCCAGAGGAGGUGCUGGCCCUGAUCCAGCAGAAACUUGUUCCCACCUCUGAGGCUGUGGCACCACAGAGCCAAGAACUGCUUCGAUGCUUGAAAGAAGAAGCCAAACACCUGCCCCAAGUUCUCUUGGACCCCCUGCUGCCAUCCCAUGUCAAAGGGUUGAAGCCACUAUCCAGGAUUUUACCAUCCAUCCAUCAGCUGCAACCCACUACCCCAAGGGGCUCCAGCCUCAUCUUGCUGAGUCACACACUGGGACUGCCUGUAGGCAAAGCAUCUGAACUACUGCUUCCAAAGGCUGCCUCUCUCCGACAAGACCUUCUGUUUCUCCAAGAUCAGUGUGGUUUCCAAAGAGGAAAUCUCUGUGUGAAGACCAGUCAGCCUCCAGGACCAUUCAUUCAGGAGCUGCUACAGAUCCAGGUGUCCCAGGAAAAGGAGCAGAAUGAAAACAUGGGGCAGACCAUGAAGAAACUGAUGAACCUGCUGAAACAGGCACUGGAGGAAAUCCCAGAGCUCCAGGGGAUCGUUGAAGACUGGUGGGAGCAGCCGGGCCAAGCUGUCCUCUCUGAGGAGCUCCGUCAGGGCCUGUCCCUGCCCCAGUGGCAGCUGCGCUGGGUGCAGGCCCAGGUAGCACUGCAGCAGGCAUACAAAUGAAGAAGCAGUGAGGAGCAGACUCGAGACUUGCAAUCUAGCAUGGUCCCUCACCUACUGUCUCUACUCAGGAGACUGGGGAGAGGACUGCUGUUGACUUCUAAGCCAGCCUGGGCUACACAGCAAGUUCCAGGACAGCCUAGGCUACAUAGUGAGACCCUAUUUCAAAAAUAAAUAGUAUUUAACUCCCAAAUUUCACCUUCCUCAAUAAAGCAUUUGAAAGAAA